AUGUCUUCCCUCAUCAACAAGGCCAAGGAAGCCCUCAGCGGCCACAAGGAGCAUAACAACAACAACAACAACAACAAUAACAACAACACCACCACCACCACCAAUUCUGCCACUCAUCACCACGAGAACGUGCCCGCAAACACCACCCACAACACCACAGGCAACCUACACUCCACCACCGACACAGCCGCUGCCCCCACUGGCGACGCCCACAAUCUCGUCGGCGGCUCCCUCAAUCCCAUGGGAACCUACACCGAGCCAACCCACGAUCCUCGCGGUGACAAUGCACACUCGCACGUCACUGUCGACACUGAAACGCCCCGCAACAACAACGCCCUCGGCCACGAGUCUAUGCCCACAGAGAACACUAGGACUGGUCCGGUCCAUCACAAUGAGAAACUCAACAAGCUUGACCCUCGCGUCCGCGAGCAACAUCACACUGAUACCAACAACACUAGCUUCGCGAGCGACCACCGGCCGUCAGACCCUACGAAUGCUGCCCAUGUGCCUCCUAGCGUGUUGAAGGAGCAUGUUGGCGAACCUACAGUGGAGCAUGAGUAUCCCGAAGACUCUACCCACAAGAGGCAUUCGGUCAGCCAUCAGGAGCAGCAUCUCAUGAAGUAG